UUCAAACGUUACAGUAAAAAUAGGAUAUUCGCUGGUUGCAGUUUGUGUGCUUAACGAUAAAAAUAAACAACUCGACGAGGACAGAACACGUUACUCGGUUGGCACCGCACCGACAGCUGACCCAAGAACCCCAAAAUGCCCCUCUGCUAAUCGAUGCCCGUCCUUGCUCUGUUGUCGGCGGAUUUACAAACGACGGCUAGCUGGAUGCUAACGUUAGCACGCUAGCCUGCCAAGAAGAGCACAUAGCAACUGCCGCUCGCUAACGUCAUUGGACUGGGACUCUGAAGACUGCAGCAAUGUUCGUGCAGGAGGAGAAAAUAUUUGCCGGGAAAGUGUUGAAAAUACACAUAUGCACUAUGGACGGCACGGAAUGGUUGGAAGAGGUCACGGAAGACACCACUGUUGAGAAACUAAAGGAGAAGUGCUUGAAACAUUAUGUACAUGGAAGUCUAGAAGACCCCAAAACACUUACCCAUCAUAAACUUAUACAUGCUGCUACAGAAAGAGUCCUCACCGACACUAAAACUGUUGCUGAUGAAAAUCUCAAAGAUAAAGAUGUUUUGCUUCUUAUAAAGAAAAGACCGCCGCCAACUCCUCCAAAGAUGGCAGAUGUUAGUUCAGAAGAAAAGAAGAAACAAGAUAACAAAGCUCCAGACAAAGAUGCUAUCCUAAAAGCUACAGCCAACCUGUCCACACGACACACUGACCGCACCGUUACGCAACACAACAUCAGAGAUUUUCAAACAGAGCUUAGAAAAAUCCUGGUUUCUCUUAUUGAAGUCGCUCAGAAGCUUCUUGCCUUGAACCCUGAUGCUGUUGAACUCUUCAAAAAGGCCAACGCAAUGUUGGAUGAAGAUGAUGAAGACCGAGUGGAUGAAACAGCCCUACAGCAGCUUACUGAGAUGGGUUUCCCUGAAAGCAGAGCAAUCAAAGCUCUGAGAUUGAGCCACAUGUCAGUAACCCAGGCUAUGGAGUGGCUGAUCGAGCAUGUGGAUGACCCCUCCGUAGACACGCCGCUACCAGGACAAGACUGUUCUGGGGCAGCGGGAGCAUCAGCAGCUGCCUCACCAGGCCCUUCAGCUUCAGCUUCAGCUUCAGCCUCAGGUUCAGCCUCCAGCUCGAACCUCCACCGCAGCCUCUCCAGCCAGUCGAGCACAGACGAGAGCAGCAGGCAAGAUGAACUCACAGAGAUCUUCAAGAGGAUCCGCAGGAAAAGGGAGUUCAGACCAGAUUCGAGGGCUGUCAUUGCAUUGAUGGAGAUGGGCUUUGAUGAAAAGGAGGUGAUUGAUGCUCUAAGGGUCAACAACAACCAACAGGAUGCUGCGUGUGAAUGGUUGCUAGGAGACAGGAAACCUUCUCCGGAAGAUCUGGACAAAGGCAUUGACACCAACAGCCCUCUGUUCCAAGCCAUCCUGGAAAACCCAGUGGUCCAGCUGGGUCUUACCAAUCCCAAGACUCUGCUAGCUUUUGAAGACAUGUUGGAGAAUCCACUAAACAGCACCCAGUGGAUGAACGACCCUGAGACUGGCCCUGUCAUGCUCCAAAUAUCCAGAAUCUUCCAGACCCUCAAUCGCACAUAGAGCCCUCUGGUGAACCCACCCCCUUGCGUGAUUGUGACGGCUUGUAUGUGUGUGGAUGAUUAUAUUGGGAUACUGGGAUAUGUGUGUGUGGCAGAGACAUGAAUAUAGGGUUUUUUCUUUUUUAUUUUUCCUCCUAAAUACAAAGCCAGAGGAGUCAAAAGAAUGAAUUCAGAUGUUACACUAUUUAUAAGAGUACAGUAAAAACACUUAAAUAAAAAAAACAAUGUUAUCGUUAUUAUUACAGUAAUAAUAUAAAUUGACAUUUAAUAUGUUUUUACAUUUAAAUGAUAACAAUUUAUAAGUAUGACAGAUGUGAUUUAUUUUAUAUAAUUUCUCCAUGUGCAGAAAUGACAUUAGACAUUGAUUUAAUGUUUACACUUCAAAGAAAACUGUUUUUGUAUGAUUUACUAUGUUUAAAUAUUAAUUACAAUAUUGUCUGUCUCUUUAAAUUGUUACACUUCAUCAGUAGUGAAUGUGUGGAAGAUUUCUGUCACUUUCAUAUUUUGGGUUUCUUCUUGUUUCCAUCAAAGGAGCAACUUAUUAACAGGAGUUAAGUAUUGGUUGAGCUCUGAAAAUGAGCUUUCAGACAUGUUACCUCUCUCCGUUCACACCAGUGAGGUCACUGUAAGUCACCCACCUCUCAUUUCAAAGAAGAGAACAGCCGUCAUCUUUAAACAUAUUUCAUUUUCUUGCCUUUUAGAGGGACUUUAAACUCCAAGCUGUUUGUCUCAGUCAUCAUUUUACAAGAAAAUGUUUUAUUAGGCCUGUGUGUGUAUUGUCAAUGUGCUCUUGAAUGUCAUAUUAUUAUUAAGCACUUGUUCACCUCUAUUAAUACUGCUCACUGCAGCACUGAGGAAGGACAAAGAAGGGUCUAUAUUCUGUUGGAAAAGGCUGUAGGAGAGUGUUUAAUGAAACUGAUCCUAAUAUAAAGGGUUUGCCUUUUUUGAAUUUGAAUGAUUGAUGCUCCCUUCAUGUUGCUGAGGUGUAAGCAUCUGUAUACACACAAAGAAAUAACAGAAGCUGAGAUACAAGUAUAGCCGAACCAAAAUGUCACUGUAUUCCUGCCUUGUCGUUAUAUACCCAGUAAAAAAGAAAAAAAAAGUAACAUUUCUGUGCAAUAGCCAGGACUUAUGUUGACCUGUAAAGACAUAUAUCUGAUCUGCGUGUUAGAGAUGUUUGAACUGAAAUGGGUAGUUUAUUAUACAUUAUUAGCCUUUUACAUUGAGUCUCUGACUGCAAGAUGGGAAACUUUGCCUCUACUAGUUGUACCAAGAUUUAAAAACAAUAUGGAGGGUGGUGUGUUUUGCCAAGCUUUUGAGUGUUUUUAUUCAAUAUUUAAAAUGUAGUAUUAUUGUGACUUUCUGCUCAGGGAGGCUGAGAUUGUUUUUUUCUUAACCUGUUGUCACAGCAAACCCCUGUUCAGCUCAUUUGAAAACGGCUUUAACUAAACUGUGUAGAACUUUGCUUAUGAAGAAGAGCACCACGAGAAGAUAUGGUUUCGUAAAUGCAAUAUUUGAAAAUAUUUAAAUGUUUUUAGAAAGAAGUGUUCGAACUAUGUCUUAUUGUAUUAUUUAUAUUGAAAGCCAAACUAGUAACUUGAUCUUAUUUAUAACAUUUUUAGCAAACCUUGAAGCUGAUCUUCAAAUGUGAAAAAAAGUAAAUGCUUCAAAUGUUGUUUUUACAAACCAUUAUAAAGUUUUGCUUAUUAGAUCAUGGACUUGGUGGGUUACAUUGGGAUGUUAAAUGGUGCGAUGUGUUUGAACAAGGAAGGAGUUCGAAACAUCUCUGGAAGCCUCGCUGCACUUCAGUGGACCUUCAUCGUAAUAUUGUGAAUCAAACUUUGGGAGGUUGGACACUCAAUGGAAAACACCCACCGGAAAUGCAGAAUUCUUUCAAAACAGCCAGCAGGAACUGAAAGUCACAGAUUAUUUUCACUCUGCUGUCAUGCAGGACUAUCCCAGAUCAACAACCUAUGCAAUAUACUCACCGUUUGUUCAAACGGCCCCAUGGGCUACUGGCAUCAAAAUCACUCUCACAUUAAAGUUAUUUUUUGUCGCUGUG